AUGCAGGGGAGGCAAGACACACCUCUGGUGAGUAUGUGAAAGGCAUCGACUUUUUCAACUUCUCUGUCUUAAAUAAUCUUAAAUUCAUCAAAGUAAAAUGAUGCAAAUGUGCAUUUUGGUGGAUGACCAGUGUCUUCUCAGUGUGUCUGUUUUUAACACACAAUUCUGCCUCUUAGGUCAAGAGUGACUAAGCAGUGUGAGAAAAUAUCAUUAUUCUUUAAUUCAUACAAAGUAAAAUUGAGUGAAAAGUCAAUUAUCUCUCAUCCAGAAGGUUAGAGAUUUGUGCCGCAUUGAUCAUUUCAGGUCCACAUGCCAAAGUGUCUGUGAGCGAGGCACUUCACCCCAAACUGCCCUGAUGGCUGUGUGUGAAUGGGAUUAGUCAACACUGAAGACCAUUUUUCUUCUCGGUGCAUGAAUGUGGUGUGAGUCUGUGAAUGUGACAUGUUACGUAAAAGCACUCUGAGUGGUAAGGUGAUGAGAGGAAACACUAUAUAAAUACAGUCCUGUGACAGUUGAUGUAUUUACCUUGAAGGUAAAGCAGCAGUUGUUGUUUUUCUCGGCCACAAAAUUCCUGAAGAGACGCUCUUAUUAAUAUUUCUCAACAAGUGACACCAUUCUAGAUAUAUUUAUAAUCUUUCUCACGCAACUAAAUGAAGAAAUCCACAAAUUUAGUGCUUAAAACAGGAGGAAAAACACUUUGAACUGUAAUAUCGCACCUUUCUCUGUGAAGCGAAAGAUUGUUAUUCUCAGGGUCCGGAGAGGCAAAACUUCGACAAAAUUUAUUCCUUCUUAAUUUCCUUCACAGUAGUCCUAGUGUUACUGCAGUUUGUAACACUGUUUUUUAAUUAAGUUUCUAUGAAUUGUAAUAAUUUCAUUCAAAAACUAGUUAAUUAUUGAACAUUUUACUGCAUUUUAAUUCAUGUUUAAGAUUAAAAAGGUUGCAGAUAAAAGGAAACGAGGUUCCCAGGACCAGGUUUUGCAAAGUCAUCCACUGCUGCUGUUUGUUUGUGUUCUGCUUAUGUACAACAACAGAUUAAGAAUCCAAUAUCUCCAUGUCAUCAGCUCAGGAAAAUAGGAGUUUAUUAUGCCAGACGUUGAGCAAGAUGGAAAGUGUGUGCAUGUAAGGGUUUCUGUGUCUGUGAAAUACACACACACAGACACUCAGCUGGGCGCCCUUUCCCCUACCUUUGCAUGCAAAGUGUCUUGUUUGCAUGCUCAAUAGUCCUUUCCUCCCGAACCCAGACCUGCAGUCAAAUACAGGCUGCCACAACAAGCUGCUCACUUACAUUAAAACAGAUGGCUUAACACAAAUCGACUCUGAGUCUCCGCGUUAAUUAUUGCACCACAGUUCUAUUAAUACACUUCCUUUAGUCAAAGGUAGCCAGGGAGACUGCUGCUUUUAUUUGUCCAAGAAAAUAUGAUCUUGUGCUGCAUUUCUGUUGUAAUCGUCUUUCACAGGCAGCUCAAGUGCCCACGCAAAUCAUACAGCCUGAUAAGAGUCUGUGUUUACUCAGGAAACCUGGAUAAUCUUAUCAUUUAUGAAUACGCUCUCUUUCUGAUCUCAGAGUCAUUUAUUCUAUUUACAGAUAAACAAACAGUGUCUGUUUCCUCCACGGAACAAUAAAUAUAUAGAAACCGGCUCCUUACAGUCAAAGAGUCUCUAUACAUUGUUGUUAUUUGACAUAAAAUCAGAAGCAUUUAACGUUCAAAGGGUUUCAGUGGGAGCCCACAAUACUGUGGCCUAGUUUUGUUGGUUUCCUGAAUAUGAUUGACAGCGUUUUGUGUAUUCUCGACUUUAAACACCAUUCAGGAAGUGCUUUGCAUAUGAAGCGAGGAUGAAAAUUCUGCCGACUUUGCAUUGACCACGAAUACUUCUAAGAACCUUUUCUCUCAGUGAAAAAAGUGGUGAGUGAGUCAUAAUAGAUUUAGAGGAAAAUGGGCUUAAUAUCUUUGUGCUCAUUUGUUUACAGGCCACACUGCAGCCGCAGACUCGAUGCCUGCGAUGUGGGGACGUGCUGGAGUGGUCAGAGGAGCACAGGUGCGUGUCUGUGUGUGUGUGUGUGUGUUAAGAGGUCAAAGACAAUGGAAACAGACAGCCUAUUCCCCUCACAUUGAGUUAUAAAUGCAGCACAGUCAGGACAACUGGCAGAGGCUCUCAUCCGAAACAAAUCACAGUGCUUUUCAGUUUUCAGGAUUAAGAAGACUCCAUCAGAUGAACUGAAAAUAGACAUUUUCAAGUAUUCAGAUGAGCACAGAGAUUAGCAGGCUGUAAGUGGAAGAGGUGCUGCAGGAAGCAAACAUUUGUACUGGACUAACAAGCUUUAACUAUUUCCAAGUACAGUUUUCUAUUUCAAUUAUUCAUGAGAGCUGUUCAGGAUUCCCACACUGUUGAAGAGAAAACUUUCUCCCCUGUUAAAUACUAAGAGGAAAAGCACUGGCGUUGCAUUCUUGAUGAAGCCAAGCGUGGACAGUAAUGAACAACCAAGCACUCAGAAAACCUCUGAAAGUACAAAAUCUUUGGAGUUUAAUUCUUCGUGAUUAACGGCACAAAAGUAUUUUUGACACUAGCUGUAUAUUCAUUUCUAUAAAAUAUGCAUUAUAAUGCAGCAACAGGCUUUAAAACCCUAUCUGGAAUUAUCAGAUUUUUUUUGGCUAAUCAGGGAUAAUUCAAUGUAACACUGAAGUUUCAGUUCGCAAUGUAUCAGUUUGCAAUGUGCUAUGAUUAUAAAUAACAAGAUGUGAGUAUGCAGUGUGUAUACGCAAGUGGGCUCUGUUAGCAAAGAUGUUGAAAAAAAGAACAGAAAUUAACAUUUUCUUGAACUUCAAAACUUGAUGGAUGUCUGACAGUCCACCAUUUUUCCUUCCAAAUCCAGUAAAACCAUUAAGACACUAUAUCCAUUAAGAUUCGUUAACUGCUACAAAUCUACAGAAGUCAUCCGCUCUUGCUCAAAUUGUCUCUGAUCCAUCUGACCGUGUAAGAACAGGGUGUGGAUCCUUCUUUGUUCUCAGGUAAACAGAAUAACUGUGGCUGAACCUAGUAUGCCCUCAUGGUCCUUGACAUGAGGAAGUUAAGCAUCUUAUACAAAACCUCUUCUCCUUAUCGCUGGCAUUACACGAUACGGAUGUGUCAACAGUGUGGUAACUUCAUUAAUUUAAUGGCAAAAACACAAAAUGAAAGAAAAUCAAAUCUAACAGGAGGUAAAUUUUGAUUGUUUUUUUUUUAUUUACAUUAAAACUUCAUGAAAUGAUCACAGAUAAUUGAUGAUAAUCAUUUGUGGGCCCAACUCUGUUUCUAAACUCGUUUUUCAUGCUUUACUAACGAUGUUCAAAUGAAGCCUUCUGAAGCCUUGGGGCAUUUUUUUCUUGUGCCGAAAAUGACUCAAAGCUUUGAAGCUUCAAACUCAGCAAACCCAGUGACAUCUGGGGGCUUUUGAAACUAAUAGCAGUCCUCAUAAUGACUGUCUAAAGCACUGCUGCACCUCACUGAUAUUCAUACUCUGGUGUGCUUUAUAAAAAGUAUGAAAGGAAAACUUUAUGUAUACUUUUAUGACUGCAUGUUAAAUCUACAUUGGAGCAAUAUGUUACAAUUAAGUAACCUUGUGAUGUCUCAGAGCCCUUACAUUUAUUAUCAUUUAUUUUUUGGGGCUCAGAUCUUUCAGCUUCAUGAUUUUAGUGUGACAGCUCACAGUCAUCAUUGAUGGUGUGCAGUGGUUGCAGAAGACAAAUGGGCCUAUUCAUCAAAUUGCUUUGUCAACAUGCUUUGAGUUGGAAUCGUGGGGUUCCCUCAUUUAUAAUACAAGCUUCAGAGCUGCAGUAUCAUCUUCCAGUCUCAUGUUUUAUACAGUAAUUGUUCUUGUGACAUAUAAAUGAAAUCUAAAAUUCUGUUGUUGUCAUUCAUUCAUGUUGUUGUUGUUGUUUUUACUGUUGGCAUCAGUUACCCUGAAUGAAAGCUAAUAGCUAGCCUAAAAAACAACUAUCAGAAAUUGGGCUUUAGGAGAAACUCUUAUCCAAGUGGUCUAAUUAGUGUCGGUUAAAAGGUUCUUGAUAUGGAGACUUUUGAAAAACCACUUUCCUGUAUCAAACAGAAGAUUUAUGAUUUGGCAGUGCUGGGGAAACUUAGCCAAAUAAAGUCACUGAUGAGAUCUUAAAACCAUUUCCAACUCAUAGUGGUCUCAAAGUGAGGUCGAUGAAAUAGGUUUUUUACUCUUAACUAUUGAUCUGCCACUUUAAAAAGCAUGUACAAAAGGGUAGAUGUACUGAAUUCAUUUAAAAACAAACUUUAAAGUCUGUAAAAACAGUCUGGUAUCCCAAUUCCUGUGUCAUAUCUUAUUUAUUUAUAUUAUUUAUUCAUAGCUACAUGUUGGCACAGCUCAGUUUAUUCUUGCCACAAAUAUCUUGAAUUUCCUGAAAAGUUGCUCUAAAUAUUUAAAGAAGGUUGGGAUACCACAAUGCAAAUGACGACCAAAUAACAACCGCGACGACACGCUCAUCUCCUUGGCUGUAACAACAAAAACACAGCGUUAUGCAGAAGGUUAAAUUAAGAAGCAAAUCAGUGCUUGAGGAAUGAUUAUGCCUCUGUAUCUACUUCAAAGUAGAGGGUUUGAGGAGUUCAGUCUUGUUCAAUAUUCCUACCCAGCUGCGGCACCACACAAGAGGAGGAAGAGAGAUUUGUAUGAUGUUUGCGAGGCACUUCAAAAGUUUGUUUUUAACGAUCACCAGUGGACAAAGUGAACCUGCAAAAGGAUGAGAAAUGAUACCCAAGUUUGACGAUCUCUCAUCUGAUCAAUCUGUGAUGGCCUUACUUUUAUCUUCUGCUUUCGAUUACUGAGAAACAUCCUGUUAAAGAUCAGAUUUAUAUUCAUCACAAAGAUCCCAGAUCCAGCAGGUGUUAUCACUGGAUUUUCAGGCACCUACUUGCAGAGGGAGAUGCAAAAAUAUGAGAUUGCAUCAUCACCGGUACUUUUUCAUGGAUGGGCAUUUGGUUUUCAUAUUUCUUCACAGUCAUCUGAUAUGCUAAAUGUAAUCCCCAAAGGAUUCAGAGUAUAUUUUUUGGAUAUUGCAGCAUCUUUGCCAAAUGUUCCCUGCACUUCGAAUGGACCUGUAAUGUCAUUCAUUUAUUCUGGUGUCAGCCAAAGUGGAAGGAGCUGUUUGAUGCAAUGCACAUCUCCAUUCAUUUCAUGUCUCCCUCAGCGUCCUGCUGGGCUGCUCCUGCUGCUCCACGGUAGAUGAGACACUGGAGAACGUAGCCAGAGGCCUCGCCAGCAGGAUGAAGAGAGAGAAGAGUCACUGGGCAGCCGGAAGAGUGGGCGACAUUGACUUCAGCAACUCGACUAAAACCAGAGGAAAGGUGAGAGUAGAGAACAAAUACUGAAGGUUGUAGGAAGAUUUAUCUCUCACCUGGAUACUGAUGUCAGCUUGUGUCUUUGAACCCAGUUUUUGAGGGUGACUGGCAACACAGACCCAGUGCAGAUCUACCAGAUGCUGACAGAGGACUGGGGCCUUGCUCCUCCACACCUGGUGGUGGCGCUGGUGGGAGGAGACGAGCUGGCUCAGAUGAAGCCCUGGCUUAGGGACACUCUGAGGAAGGGGCUUGUGAAGGCUGCACAGAGCACAGGUUAUAAUCCUUGGGGUUAAACUGUUUAUUUAUUUUUUUUUUUUAACUAAAAUGUUGCCCUCGGUUGUCUGGGAGUAAAAUUACAUGAACCGAACCAUGUAGAGUAGAAUGCUUUUUCUGGAUGAAAGGAAUCCAAAUAACUGUCAUGAAUUAUUCAUAUAUUUUUCUAUGUAUGUUUUAAUUGCAUUAGAAGUGAAAUAUUUUCAUGAAUUUUAAUGCACUUAAGAUGACAAACACUAGAUGCUUUAUAGAAGGCAAUAACCUACUUACGAUAAUCAAGAGGCUAGCUUUUUAUAUGGAGUCCACAAUGGAACUAUCCUGUUUGAGAGAUACCAUAGAGACUCUCUCAGGCUGCCCUAGUUCCAGAUACCAAGUGCACUGUUUUUUAGACACACAUACACACAAAUGAACUGCCUCAAUCUCCCUCAGGGGCGUGGAUUUUGACUAAUGGCUUUCGUUUUGGCAUCACCAAGCACUUGGGCCAGGCAGUGAGAGAUCACUCCUUGGCCAGCACCUCCUCUAAAGUUCGUGUAGUGGCCAUUGGCAUCGCACCCUGGAACAUGAUCCACAACCGGGAGGCACUUCUGUCUGCCAAGGUUUCUGUCCAUAAACACACAAUAUAGAGCUAAUAAAAACUGCAGCAAAACAUCUAUGAGCAUAUCACAAUAAUGUAGUCCUGCUGUCCUCUGUCCCUCUGCAUCGCCAUAGGUGGAUGAGCCUGCAGUGUACAAGUCCCAGGACUUGCCUCAUGGGUCUGUGUACUCCCUGGACAGCAAUCACUCUCACUUUGUGCUGGUGGAGGAGGAUCCAAACAGACCAGGAGCCACAAGUGAGAUGAGGGUGAAGCUGCUCAAACAUAUCUCUCUUCAGCGUACUGGUUAUGGAGGUAAAUCCCAUUAGGAGCAACAAUAAAAUAAGACUUAUGUUAACAUGGAUAUUAACAAUGACAUAUAUUUAAAUAUUUAAACUAGUGCUCAACCUACAAGUGGUCAUGUUUAUGUUGUUUAAUUAUGUAUAAACAAUGCAUUAACCAUUAUUUCCUUGUGGUGCUGUUAAGGGCACAGGGGGCUGCUCUAAAAUACAUGGCCUUGAUUUAAAUGCCUCAAAAUGAAAUAUAAGAGCAGUGGAUGAGUAAAUAGGUAUUCGCAGUGCUUAAUUAGUAAAUUUAGAGUUUAUAGGACACCGAGUGCUGCUCCUCUGGGUUAGGGGAAAAAUAAAGUCUAGAUGCAUCAAAAAUGGACAGUGCCAGGGACAUCCACAAUAAUUCACACUAAAUGGAUCCAAAACCAACUGGGGAGAACUGUGCACAGUCUCUUUCUAUGCCUGAGUGACAAGCUGUCAUCCUGCUCUGUUUCAGCACCACAGACAAUGCUGUCUUUGCCUGUUUUGUCAUUUUCGGCGGAAACAACAGCAAUUUCACUUUUCACUGCACAUGCAAUAACAAUUUCAAUAUUUCACAGCACAUGAGCUCACUUUUACUAACAAUAUAUGUCCAAAUAUUUAGACACAACAUGCAUAAACCAACAGCAUACAAUACCUCUACCUCUGCAUAAGGCAUGCACGCCCCCGCUCACCAGCCUCAUGCAUUCAUCAGCAUCAUCAUUCUCGACAUGCUCAUGAUUAUAUUGACACCGCGCAGCAGCACAGUGGUGAAGAAUAGUGAAAAAAGAGUGUGCUCUCCUGUUUAUUUGUCCAAAACAGACAUGGAUCCACUGAAUCUUCUCCCUCUGCCCCUUCUGCAGCCAUGUUUGUAUGUGGCAGGUUUCGCUGCUUACAAUGCUACCUUUUUCUGUGCUGUGGUUUAAGUUUUCUGCUGAAAUGACUUUGACCCACUUUGGCUGACCAAAAUUGAUCAUUAUUGAUCACUUUUUUGACUUCUGCCAUCGUCUCUCAUCCUGAGUUGGAUUAAAUCUUAUGCAUUUAUAUCAACUUUGCUCUUGCAGAACUUCGACGCUGCAGGCACCCUGAAAUGACUUGACCACAAUCUGACCUCUCGCUCUCACCCUCUACUUUAGAAAUGAGAUUUAAAAUUGCAUACAAGUAGGAAAACGAGACAUUAACUGUGAUUUUAAUGAUAAAAAAAGAGAUGGAUCAGAAAAAAAUUUAAGAUCACACUAAAUUUAUUUUGAUUUUUAAUUGGAGAUGCUAGAUCCAAUAACAUAGUUGCUGGGAGGACCUUGUUCUGAGCUAUCCAAAAAAAAAAAAAAAAACAUAACAUUUUGGCCUCAAAAAUUCACAGAAUUUCUAAAAAACCCUUGUGCAUCUAUUGAAUGUAGCUUUCCAAACAGCAACUAUAUAAUUAAUGAAGACUUAAGCACUGUGACAUCCACCGUUGGAGCCUUGAAUCUGUCAAUUUGGCUGCUUCACUGUUUGUUUUUUAUAGCCAGUCUGUAUUUGAGACUUCAUGACGGCGACACAUUUAUACAUAACUAUCCCAGUUGAUGUGACACAGUUGGAGGGACUUGUCAAUCACAGGCAGCACUUCUCUGAAAAUGGAGAAGCAGACAUACUCUGUUUACCCCCGAGGAUGUUGUUUAACAUGCUACGUGCACACAUCAGCUGGAAACACAUGUACAUGAUAAAGCAGGAGCGCAUAGACAGUGGUGAUUAUGAGGUUUGUUAAAUGUAUCAUUAAUUGUGAAUAUGUUAUGUGGAAUCAUUGAACCUGGCUGUUUCUUUAGCUGCUUGGCUGACACAAACCCCCUUGUACAGGUUUUAAGUAUUAAAAACAUGGAUCUAAGAAUCAUCAGUCUUGUUGUUGCUGGUCUGUAGUAUAAAAAUGAUCAAUGUGGAUGUCUGACUAUUUCAUAGAUGUCAAAAAACUCGAAUAAAUAGAAAUUAACUAUUGAAAUAGUGCUAAAAAUAAACUAAUACAUUUUAAGUUACUGGUCAAAAGUGAGGGAGGGGGUUGGUUGUCUCACACUAUGAUAAGAAAAAAAGACAACGAAGCAGCAGCUAGCUCCAGCAUCCCUCUAAAAAUGGUCAGACACUUUUAAAACAGUUGUCCAAAAAUUUAUUGCGAAUCCAAAAACAACAUAGAAGCUUGUGCCUCUCUGAUACUUAAUUCUCCCUAACAUUUCUUUUAACUGCUGUCAUUCGGUUCUGUAGAUAACAAUCAGGAAUCAAGUCAAACGUAAAUACUAGACCUUAAAAUGUAGUUUAAAUGACGCACAUAACAAAUAAUUUACCUGCCCACAUUCCAGAGAAAAAAAUAACCUGUGAGACAGAUAAUUGUCGGUAAAGAUGAAAACCUGACGUGAGAGUUGUAUGCAUCAGUCAAACAACAGUGUAAAGUAACAUAGGCAAUCUAAGAUACAAAAGACAUUGAUAUAAAUUUACCUUCUUGUGCUUGCAGGCACAGGCAGUUUUGAGAUCCCUGUUCUGUGUCUUUUGGUCCACGGGGAGCCGAGGAUCCUGAAGGUAAGUUUCAAUCCUCUGUGAUGUGUUAGUUACUCAAGAACUCCAGAGACGUGACCGCAAAGAGACCUUUCUUUAAACCUGAAAUAUAGAUGUGCAAAAAAUGAGAAGCUUAGACUUGAGAAUUAGACAACAGAGCAAAUGAUGAUUGUGCUACCUUCUGAAGUUCUGCGUCAAAACAAGACUGAGAGACAAUUUCUGUCUGUUCUCAUAAAUCAAAUCUCCUUGGCUGGAAAAGCCUCUCAAAGCCACCAGUUGAUUUGCAUAAACAGAACCAUAACAGUGAUCAUACAAUGCAGCUCACUCUGAUCAAUACAAGUCUGUGUUUGUGUUUAGUAGCUGACUUAUUUAGUGAAAAUGAGGAUGUAUGUGAGUUUGCCUGACAGUCUCAACACCGUGCCCCCCUCUCUGCAGAGAAUGUAUAAAGGCAUUGGCAAUUCGACACCAUGGCUGAUCCUGGCAGGCUCAGGAGGCGUGGCCGACAUCCUCGUCACGCUGAUGAAUAGAGGCUGCUGGGAUACGGACAGUGUUCAUGAGCUGAUGCUGGACACCUUUCCAAAUGCCCACCACAGCACAGACAUCAGUAACUGGGUCAAGCUGGUGAGAGAGAUGUGCACAGCAUGGCGUCGGGACACAUUCACACACACACAGAUAUGCACAUCACAAGACAUGAAUAUUGCCAGGAAAAUGGGGCAUGCUGGGAAAGCUUGUGAGGGGAGCUAAUGUGGGAUUUCAAUCCUUAUCUUCAAAUUUGUAUAUGACCUAAUUAAGACUAUGAAGGAGGAAGAACAGAUAUUUUCAAGCUGACAUUAACAGUAACAAGGCUGUAAUUUUAGCAAACAAAGUAUUAGUGAUGGAGAAAAGAAGCUCAUUACUGCACUGAAAGGAGGUUCAAGCGAUCACUCACUAUCAAUCUGUCAAUCAGAUCCAGAAAAUUCUCGAUCACGGGCAUCUCCUCACAGUCCACGACCCAGAGCAGGAAAGCUCCGAGCUGGAUACGGUCAUCCUCAAAGCUCUAGUCAAGGGUAAAGUACCUCAUGAGAAGUAUGUUAUCAAGAAACUUGCAAUUUUCUCAAGCUGUGCAAUUACCGGUUUUGAAGCUUGACAGCUCCACAAAGAGAGAGCGCGCCUUGACAUUUUAAGCACUAUACAGGUUGUGAACCUUUUUGACAUUUUGUAUUUUGUGCACUUGUGUGUGUGUGUGGGGGUUUGUGGGUAUUAAUCAGCUUGUAAGAGCCAAAGUCAAGAAGCUCAAGACUUCAUGGAUGAAUUGAAGCUGGCUGUGGCCUGGAACAGGGUGGACAUCGCCAAGAGUGACAUAUUCAAUGGGGACGUGGAGUGGAAGGUGAGGCAAAUAGCAGGGGGACUUAAGUGCUUUUUCACAACACAAAUUUCAAACUCGGAUAAAAUCAGGGCUCGGCAAAGGUGAUGCAAGACAUGAGGGUCAAUUAUUGUACCAAAAAGUAGUUUGAGCUCUUACUUUGGAACAACAGAACUUCAUUUUAAACGCUGACCUCAGUGAGCACUGCGUCAGUUUACUCACAAUUACCAAGCAAACAUACUUUCCUGGGUCUCUAGGCCUGCAUUACACCUUAGUGUGUAAUUAUAAUCAGUACUGUGUGGAUUACCUCUUCAUUGAAGAAUGAAUAAAAGCUAUGACAUUACAAAUACAGCAUCUCUCUGUGUUAUUGUUGUUGUCGUUAACAAAGCUAAAAGUUAAAGAAAAUCUUCAUGUAUCUUUCUUGCUUUCAAAUUGAUAGGGACUUUAUAACCAGUGAUUCACAUUAAGGUCUAAAAUGCUGCACAAAAGUGGCAAGUCCUCAUACAUUGUGAUCCACUUUUAAGCUGUUUUAUAGUUAGUUUGUUUGUUAGAUGGUAAAAGAAAAAGGGAAUGUAAAAAAAAGAAAGUAGAAUGACACGUCCCAAAUAUUGCCAGGACUGGGAGUAGAUCCUGUGUCAAGAGGAUCACAGCCGCCUAUCAACAGCCGAGCUGAACCAGUGCCCCAUUGUAGACCAUUUUAACAUAGACGUAUGUUUAUUGUAGGCCUGUGACCUGGAGGAGGUGAUGAUGGACGCUCUCGUCAAUGACAAACCUGACUUUGUGCGUCUCUUUGUGGACAUCGGCGUGAACCUGGGUGAGUUCCUCACCUACGGUCGCCUGCAGGAGCUUUACUGGUCAGUGUCUGAGAAGAGCCUCCUUCACAACCUGCUCCUGAAAAAGUACGAGGAGAAGCAGCUCCUGCUCAGAGCAGCCAGGACACCUGGUCUGCCCGUUCAUCACCCACCUGAACAAGGGGAGCGGAAACCUCGCUUCACCCUCUUUGAGGUCGCCAAAGUGCUGAAAGACUUUCUUCAUGACUCCUGCAAAGGCUUUUAUCAGAAGAUGCCCACAGUGAGUAAUGAACUUUGUCUCCAGAGCUUAAGUAGAUCAAUUAAUUCAAAUUCAGACUUGUCUUUUCUCAUUAAUUCUUCCUUCGGCUCGUGACACUUUAAAAUUUAGAAGUGUCUAUCUUUGACUCCUUGUCAGAGUUUGAGUAUUAGUUUUGACCUGAGAGUAAUUUUUAUUUCUGAAAGUCUUCGACUGUCAUUUCAAACUCUUAGAGACCUGACAGAUACAAUUACAUAGAUCAUAGCUAUUCAGAUGGAGGCCGUGGGCCUAAUGUGACCUCUUUGAUGAUCUCAGUGUGGCCCUUUGAUCAUUUAGUGUAGAAGUACUUAUUUUACAGGGAAUGGAGGUGAGUGAAACUAAACUACAUGUAAAAAGGCAUCAAAAGCAGCAGUAAAGGGCUUUUUGAUUUUUAGACACUCAUCAUUUUAUCGUGGAGUGAUGACAUCCCUCAUGAGAAUAAAAUGUUGAAGUCAACUGUGUUCAUUGAAGUAUGAACCACCUGUGAUUCUUUUUAAUGUGUCUAAAAAGGUAUAUUGUAAAUAAAGUCUGCACAAAAAUUUCAAGUUGAGUAGUACUUUAGUCCUGUCUUGGCGCCUAUAGGAGGCUGAACUAUUUAGUAUUCAUAUAUGUCUACAAAUCAUGUCUCUGUCUUUUUGCAUUAGGAGAAGCCAGCUAAAGGCCGGCUGUUCCACACUCAGAAGAACCUGGCCGAGUUGGAGGAAUGCUGCGAACAUCCUUGGAGGGAUCUCUUCCUCUGGGCUGUCCUGCAGAACCGACAGCAGAUGGCUAACUACUUCUGGGCUAUGGUCAGUCUUGUCAGCUCCUUUUUGUCGGUUCACAUCCUGCACCUACAUUCUCAGCUCUGUGUGGUUCAAUCAAUACGAGUCAAAAUGUGCCUGGAAUCGGGAAAAAGUGGUCAAACUGAGGAGAGCUGAAUACGCACUGUGAGGGUUCGUACUCUGAAUCCACUGAGUGUGCUGGUAAAAUGCAGGUGCAGGUCAGUCCAGCCAUAUGAAAAUGUUGCUCUAGAUUAAAAAAAAUGUAAAUAGCCUGCUCAUCAAGAACUGAGGUGAACUUAAAAGCUAUCUUAUCUGAAGGAACGUUAUUCAAAUGAAGGUUAUGCUGACUCAUGGGGCGCUGGAGUCAACUAGAAGGAAGAUAAUACGCCAUUUGAAAGCCAGGCUGAAGUAAAAUUAUGAAAUAUACACUGUAAUGACACUCCUACAUGACACCAGUCAAUGGUAAUUACUCAUUGUUUUCAACAUUCUUGAAUUUCUUUAUUGCUCUUCCCCAAACUGAGAGAACCAAUUAUUGUAAUCUCACAAGCAGUCACCCGGAUGUGCCACUACAACGUCUUAUCUCAAACGCUAUCUAAAAUUAUGCUAAUUGCAUUCAGUGUGUGUGCAUCUUCCUCUGCAAAUCAUUUUACCACUCAGACUCCGGCCGCUGGAUCUGUGCUCAUAAUUUGAUUGUUUGAAGCAUCAUUCACGUUGAAGGCCUCAUCAUAAUUAUCCUCGCAGACUCUCUAAAGCUGCAGGAGGCUCAGAUUUGAUAUGUGCAUACAUAUGAACCGAGGAAUAAUAAUGUACAGCGCGAUGUAAAACUUGCAUCCAUUAUUUAAAUACAGAGACGUCAAGUCUGAAAUGUUGAGUGUCAAAGGAAAGCACCGCAAAUUAGUGUGUAGCCUAUCUACCAACGAAACUGUCAUGUUAGUCCAAUACAUGUUGGGUUCACACAGAUAGGGCCGUGAAGGGUAGCUCUUUGUUUGUUUGAAUAUAGCAUGCGUAAUGAUGAUAGCUACUAUGAACAUAAUGCACUCUGACACUAUUAUAGAAUAUGCUAAUAAUCCCAGCACUUCCUCAAGUCUUUUUACUGAUAAAAUGAAGAAGAUUGGUUAUAUUUUAGUCUCUAUUUGUAUAUCUCCUUGAACAGCUUUAUCCUUUAUAGUCCCAUUAACAGUAAAAUCAACUCAGGCCGCAAAUUAAAACAGACCCUGACCCAAUUAUGGAGUUACACAGCUGAUUUUUAAGUUGGGCCAAAAUUCAGCUCAGUCCCGUGUCAUUUGCUGUGCAAUGUGCCGAGGGGGAGUGAGGGCCGAUCAGCUGCAAUUCCUGGUCUUGUUCUAUAAAUUUGGCCGGCUGACAGCAAAGUCUUGCACGGCAAAAGCUGUUCCAUGAGCUGAUGGUCUGACUGUAAGGCUUUUGUUUUCUGAUUAUACUUGUGCGAAAUGGUAGAGAGCAUUUAAAAGCAGCAUGGCAGCGUACUGCCUGAUGUGAACAAGAGAAAUGCAUAGAUGAGUCAUAUUGUGACCAGCUGAGCAAACUAAUGCGUUUGUUCUUAUCAGUGUCUCAAAAGGUGAUAAUUGUAACCCACAAUCACCGCUUGAUCAUGUUUUCCCACUUUUAAUUCUUAUCUGUUGGAGUUUUCAAAAGGUAUUUCAUUGAUAUUUGAUAUACUUCAAUUUAACAUGUAUAUACAAUCACAUAGUGUAUGUCAGGCAGGGGCAUUGCACAACAUAGACCCUAUAUAAAGACAUUUACAUGAGGCUCUACCUGCAUUAACUACUAUUUUUUUGUCUUUGUGAGCCCCUAUAACAUGAGGGCCGUGUUUCCCUAGUACCUGUUUCCCUACUUUGACGGCCCUGAUACCGGGCCCUCAAAGAACACGAUCAAAAAUUGAAAUAUUGGUUCAAAAAGAUAGUCAAACAAAGGUAUAGAUGAUGACAGAUUUUAAGUUUGGAUGUUUGAGACAAAGCUAGAAAUAUUGGUUUGUCAAGGCAAGCCAAAAAAACAAAACAAAACAAAAAGACUGUAAAUCAUGAACAAAAUUGUUCUGCCUCUGUCCUGAAGUGACAAAACCUGAUCACAAGAUCUCCAGAUCUCACUAAACAGGUCAAAUAUGAUGGCUCAUACUUAUUGUGGUUUUACAGUGUUUUUCUUGGCGUGUGUAGACUGUACUAACAUGGACAGAGCAUGGUAACCGGAACAAUUAGAGCUCCCCCUUAUGACCAACUGAUGUACUGCUCCAAGAGCCGGCCUCCUCUAUUAUGACUGAUGGAACAUCUGCAUGUCAAACAAAUUUCUUAAAUAUGCUUUCUGUCAAAGCAAGAUUUUAUUGUCAUGUUGAUUAAUAUCCAACAGCUCAUUUUUCUAAAAAAGUUUAGUUUUAAUUAGUUAUUUGAUUGUAAAAAGAUGAUUGAUUGACAGUUCUGUUGACAAAUACAGCUCCAGCAGCAGGUCUUACUAGAUUAGCAGAGUACAGGAGGAACAGGGAGAGAAAACAUAUCAGGUACUGACAAAGAGACACUGAACUCUGCAUGACCACAAGUGUCUGUGCUGAUAGAAGUGGUAUUUUGGCAUGUUGUCCAUAUGAAUAAACAGUGACCUGCUGGGAGUUUCCUAUUUCUGGGAGCAGAACUGCUUCAGACAGAGCCUCUGGAUCAUGCUAAACCGGCUGCUAUAUCUUUGUUAUGCAAAGCUAUGCUUACCACCUAGUUUUUCCAGAUACAUGUAUAGAUAAGAGAGAAAACAGUUACCGUGUUGGCCUCAAUGUUCUCAACAUUUGAAGACUAAGUGGUCUUAUAUGUGUAUUGUAUUGUAUAUACAAAUAUAGAGUUGAAAUGUGUCAUAUUCAGCUUCCAUCAAUUCAAAUAUAAGUUACUGGAAUCAACAAGAGGAGAUAGUGUGGCAUAUUUUAGAUCAAUCUGCACUUUCAAUCACGUAAUUGUAGUUAGAUUGAAGCAAGUAAAGACUUGGCACUCUCUGUGAAUCAUCUAAAGUGCACUGAAAUGGACUGAAAUUGUCUCCUAAAAAGGAGGAAGUAAGGAAAGAAGGGGAAACACUUCGAAAAGCUCUGACAGCUAAAGGUACAGAAUGGACAGGCUUAGGCAGCAAAAAAGUUAUAUUCCAGUUAUAGUUUAAGGAAAAAAUAAAAACACGUUAUCAUGGUCUUUUUUUUUUUUUAAACUCAUUAAAUUUAAGUUAUUGUGCUUCAACUUUAUUUAAAAGAAAUACUGUAUUGUUUCUAUGGGUUCUUACAAAAUGGAACACCAAUGUGCAAAUGUAUUCCUGGUACCUUGUACCACACCCAAACUAAUUUCCAGCAGUUUUAGUCGACAUGACAACAACCACAACAUCUAUGUGUUGAAUAAUUCAUCAUAUGCAAAUAUAAUUGUAAUUUACAUAGUGAUAAAAUAUCAAAGUGAGGCCUACAGAGACAGUUGUUGGACUCUCAGGUAGUAAUAAUUGUAGCCUGAUGCUCACAGCACGCCCCAUUAAGAAGCAAAAAAAUCUCAGAUCCCUCUGUCAGACCCAUUUCUUGGAGCCAGCUUUCUUUUAAUCCUUCAGGGCCCGGAGGCGGUUGCGGCAGCGCUGGCGGGUUGUAAGAUUCUGAAGGAGAUGGCACGACUAGAAUCUGAGGCUGAGUCUGCACGGAGUAUGAAGGAGGCCAAGUAUGAGCAGUUUGCCCUUGGUGAGUACAGAAACUAUUCGACAACAAAAGCUGAGAGCGUAAUCAGGAAAAAUAAAGGUCAAACAUUGCAGGAGGUACAUUCAGGGACUUGGACAACAGGGCAAAACAAACGCUCACAAAUGCCACUGGAAGGGAAUGAAAUAUGAAUCUGGAUGUGCAAGUUUUACGAAUGAAGCGUGUCUGACAAUGUGCACCUACUGUUUUUAUUGUGACAGAUGUCUUUGGAGAGUGUUACUCCAACAGUGAAGACAGAGCUUAUGCUUUGUUAGUGAGAAGAACACACUGCUGGAGCAAAUCUACCGUUCUAAACUUGGCGACUGAGGCAGAUGCUAAAUCCUUUUUUGCGCAUGAUGGGGUUCAGGUAAAGAAGAGACACAUUCAUGUGCUCCUUUAGCUCCAAUUUACUUUUUCUAUUAGCUGUUGUAAAAGAUUUCACUUUUACCCAACAGUGUCAAAGUUUAUGAAUUUGAUUAAUAGAGUAGGGACAUUUAUUUUGCUGCCGUCUGUUCAGGAAUACUGAUUUACCCUGCGGUUAUUUAAGACUUUAGCCAUUACCUUUUUCAAAGUCACUUCUUUUGCAGGUAGCUGGAUACAAUUCAGCGCACAGUUUUGCCUAAACAUCCGCCAGACGUCCUUGUCAUUACAAAGUCAUCAUUGAAAGUUAAUUGGUAUUCAAUGUCAGCAGGGAAAGUUUGCACGCAGAAAACUCUUGACAGUGAAGUAAUAUUUUAUUUAAAGCACACAGUUAGAGUAAUAUAUCCUUUUUUAAUGGGAUACUGUCAAUUGAAAUUCAGCACAUGUGCAGUAUUUGAAGAGAAUGUGGAUUUUACGAGCCUGUUUUACUGAAAAAGUGAUGAAUAAGCCCAUAACAGAGCAUCAGGUGUCUGUUCAUAUCAGUGACCUCAUAUGUAACUGCAAGUAGACAGCUUGGAGAGAAGAGAAUGAAACAUGUGAUAUGAAAUAGUUUGAUUAAGAAGGGAAAUUUGCAUUUUAUCUACCAGGUGAGUGUAAUUACUUCCUUUAUGAUGCUUUAAUGGAUCAAAUUCCUAAACGAUCAAGCAAAAUAUCUUCAAACCUAUUGUGCCCUCUUGUGGUGACUUCUAUUGAAAUGUUAGAUUAGUUCUUACCUGUUAUAUAACCCUAUAAGAUAUUAAUACCAACUAAAACUUUUACUUCCACAGGCUCUGCUCACAAAGAUCUGGUGGGGUGCGAUGACGACAGACACAGCCAUCUCCAAACUUGUGGUGUCUUUUUUCUGUCCGCCACUCAUCUGGACCAACCUCAUUAAGUUCAGGUCAUCAAUCUCUGUUGCCACCCAUCAUUCAUCUCAGCCUUGUUGCGGAGCUGUCUGUGUUUUGUUGCGUGCACUCUGACACUUAUGUGUGUUUCUUAGUGAUGAGGAACUUGACAAUCGUAGCAGCCGGGAGCAGUUUGCAGAGCUGGACAGUCUGGAUACAGAAAAGGCUUUGCUGCUCACUGAUGACGACGAUGCUCUGUGAGUUGGAAAGAGAAUUUUAUCCCAACAUCGAUUUUUCUUGUCAAGCACACAUUUAAAGACAGGGGCACAAAGGGCUUUGCAAAAAUAGAUUAAGGGACACAAUCAAGAAAACACUUGACUUUCAGAUAAAGCAAUCUGAAACAAAUGAAAGGGACAAAUCCAGAUAGAAAUAAUCAAAGGUAUAAUAGAGCUACACCAAAUCUUGAUCAUCCUUUGAAUGCAAUGUUAGAUUCUUUUCCACUGCAAAAACUUCCGCCUAGGAAUAGAAUAGAAUAUUCCUUUAUUGAUCCCCCAUGGGCAUAAUUUUUUUGUCACAGCAGCAUCACAGACAAAGAGUGCAAAAAUGCAGUUACAAAAAUAAGGAUCCUAAUAUUAAGAACUUAAAUAAAUGUAAUAAUUACGAAAAAAAUUAGAAAAAGGGAGAAGAAAAAUAAAACUAUCUACAAUUUACACAAUUUAAAUGCCAGAAAAAAGUGAUGGUGUAAAUCCAGUUAUUAUUACAGUUCGUUGUAAAGUCUUAUUGCAGAGGGGAGGAAUGACCUGCGGUAGCGCUCCGUCCUGCAAGAUGGAAGUCUAAGUCUGCUGCUGAAGGAGCUGCUUAAAGCCCCACUGUCUGGUGCAGUGGAUGAGAGGGAUUGUCCAUGAUGGAUACAAGCUUUGUUAACAUCCUUCUCUCACCCACCUCCUCCAGGGAGUCCAAAGAACAGUCCAGGACAGAACUGGCCCUCCUGACCAGUCUAUUCAGUCUCUUCCUGUCCCUCGGUGCUCCCUGCCCCCCAGCAGACCACCGCAUAGAAAAGUGCAGAUGCUACCACAGAGUCAUAGAAAGUCCCUGAACCAGGAACCUUUUUAGGAACUUUGUAUUUUGAUAACAGGAACCAGGUCCUUUAUGUAGAUCCAGGGUAAUUCCAGGUCAGGGCCUGCAGUGCCAAACAUUUCUGAUUAGUUGAGUACUUCCAGCAUUUCAUUUCACCGUUAGUGACAAUCACAGAAAGAAAUGGUGCUUGUCCCCUUUCCAGUGUUGAUUCAAUAAAUCUGUUUGCAACACAAUAAGGCACAAUCAAAAACAGCACAAAAUGAACUUCCUACAUGCUAACAGGCUAACUGUGGAGUUGCACAAAUAAUUGUGUCGGCCUGGUUAUCGCCUUACAUGGCAUCUUCUUUUUCGGACGCUUUAGCUGUCUUUUUACUGCCUCCCGUUGGCCAAGUGGUGUAGUGCAAUUACUUUCAUUAAUUCGUAAAUCAUUGGCCCUUAUCUUCAUGAGACUUCAGAACAUGGUUGAACCACAGACAACUACAAGCCACGUUUUGACAUUAACUACAAAUGUAAGGGAGCUUAGAGAGGAGUGAUGUGAGAGUUGUGCUUUGUGAAAUGUCUGGCUGCAGAAUAACAAUAAUCCAGGCCAGAGGAAAUAAAUAUAUGGAUGGCAUUAGCUCUAAAGUAUAGCCAGUUUUUCAUACACUGAGGGUUUCAUGGAGAGGUACAAUCAAGUGCCGUCAGCAUAACUGUGAAGUGAAAUGCUAUGAUGAUGGAAAAUAUGACUUAAAACAAGCAUAUACAGGGAGAACAGAAAUGGGUCAGGAAUUGAGCAUUGAGGUAUUCAACACAUUAUUGUAAAAGCUUAAGAGGGAAAUGAGUUGGAAAUGAAUAAAAACAAACAUAUGGUAUAUUUUGACAAUUAUAACCUUUAUUGGGAUCACAGAUACAAGCUUUAUUUUAGUACUUUUGCAGCUCAAUUUCAUUCUACCGUUCUUGUUUUUUGACUCAAUAUUUUAUUGACCCCACAGAGUUGAUCUUGAUCUUUAUUUUAUUCAAUUAAACCUUUAAAAUCAGAUAAAUUGGACAAAUUGAUACAUCAAUUUCAACUUCAUCAUCUGUGGAAGAAUUUUCGUGCAGCCAAAUGAAUAAAGGACACACAAAGUCUUAAACAAAUUACAUAUUUUUAUCAACCAACAAAAAUCAUAGAGUAUUUUUAUGGCAUAACACAACAUACGAAGCAUAUGUGGUGAGUACAAAUCAUCUACUUUCAUGAUAAAAUAUGUAAAAAAUUCCAUUCUACCACUGAAGGAAAUAACCUAUAUUUGUACUAUCAACCUGUAAAUGUCCUUAGUAGUUGUGUUAUGUUGAUAAAAGGAGGUCAGGAAGAACUGGAGGGUCUUUUCUGCUCUAUGUUUUGCAGGGACUCUACCCCGGGUGAUCCAGCUACACAGAGCUGCGCCUCUGUCUGGUGGCGUUUCUUGCUCCGCCGCUGGCGUCGCUUCUGGAGCGCCCCUGUCACCGUCUUCCUCGGUAAUGUCAUCAUGUACUUCGCCUUCCUCUGCCUCUUCACCUAUGUGCUCCUGCUGGACUUCCGUCGACCACCUCCUUACGGACCUGGACCUGCAGAGAUAAUGCUCUACUUCUGGGUCUUCACCCUGGUGCUUGAGGAACUUCGACAGGUAACAAUCAGAUUUUUUUACAAUAAUAAUGGACCCUCUGUUCUCUAAUCAUUAAGAGGUGAUUUCAAUCUACCUAUACAGUGUGGCUCUUAUUUUGAAGUACUGCAGUCCCCAUUAAAUGUGUUUGCGUGACAGCGUCCAGCCCUGACAAGCCAGACAUCUCUGAGUAGGAGGUGAUGUGAAUCGCUUCAAUGAGUUCAAUCUCCCCGAGGUUUUAAGGAUUCAUGAGCCUUUCACCUCUCUGCCUGACUCCCUCCCACUGAGCCCGGUCAGAUGAGCAUGAUCCCUUAUUGCACUGAUCCCGCUGAGCCUUCCUCCCUCGGGCACAAAAGCCCCAGAUGAGACAGGCCUUCACUGCUGUUCCCUCUGCUCGUUCUUUCAAUGUUCAUCUCAGAAAGACCCUGAGCAGAGCAGAACAACGACGCAGGUUUCUAAAAAAAGAACCUCUGUGCUGUGGGCAGCUCUGGCAUACUCCCCAGCCCAGGGGUGCAUGCCUCCCCCUGAAGGAAGACAGUGCUACUGGGCCUCCUGCUUUUAUACUUGUCACUGAACAAGGUUAGAGACUGCGGGUUUGCUGCCCUUUUUAAAUCUGACAGAUGACCUGUGAGACUCAAUCACAAAUAGAUCUGACAACCAGUGCGCUGUUACAUGGAUUGGUAUAGGCUGGUUCAUGAUGUGUGCUGUGAUUCCCCAUGACACCAACAGACCUCACUGUUACACCAAGAGUUAACCCUUCCAUCUGUGAGACAUAACUAUGUCAAAUUUACAUCACUGAUUUAAUCAGUUAAUCUAAUGUCUUGAUUUAAAGGUACAGUCUGCAGUUUUUAGUGACAUUUGGCGGACUACAUUUAGUAGAAAUGGAAUUUAUAGUUUGUAUGCAAGUUUAAAUUAGUGUGUAAUCACUCGAGUGUUGAAUCAUUUUCUUUUGGUCGACUGAAAAUGAACCUUUUUUUAUUCUCGGGGAGAAGGAGAGAAGGAUUCAGGGUAAAAGAACUGGGAGUGAAAUACUGGAAAGGAGCCACAGGACCGCUCUAGGCAUUGCCUCCAAAUAUGGAGCACGUAGACCACUAGGCCAGCAGCACCCCUCCCCUUUAUCUAGAUAAGGGGCGUGUCCCCAUCUUGCAUCUUUUUCAUGGUCGUAAGUAACUGGUCAAUCACAGGAGCGUCUUGCCUUCACUGCACAGAUAAGUGGGUGAGCAGGGGAGUUUUUCAAGCUAAAAUUGGACAGCUAAAUAUUGCUAAAUAUUCCCAUUUCUGUUUACUGUACCUAUAAGCCAUUUGUGUAGUUCAGAGAAACUUCUGGCUCUUUUAAGGAAUCAAGUCUACCUUGGAACAGCCAAACACCUCCAACAGUGCCUCAAAUAAAUCGUAAUAAAAAUGGAAUCUUAUCCUGCUGUUACUGAAUUUUAAUUUGAAGUGUUGUGUCUUUUAAGCUGUAUAACUUAACCUUUCACAACUGUGCUGAUAAAGGACAACAAAAUCAGCAGAAUAUUCCAUAAAGUAAAAAUAUUAAUCAAACUUUUUCUUAUUUUUCAAACUACUUUUAUGCCAAGCUUGAAAUCGUAUCACAGACCGUAUGUCCGUGCUCAUCCUCACAAAAGGGGUGGUAGGGCUGUGGCUGUGGCUCAAGUUCCGUUGCCUCAGACUCAGAGGGUUCAAUCGCAGGUUCUGCAGCAUGAAGUACUGGACUAAACUGGGGCAAGACACUUGACCCCAAACUGCCCUGUGGUGGCUGUGCCGGCAGUGAGUGAAUGGUAAAUGAGCUGCUUUACUCAGCAGCGUCUGCCUUCAGUAUAUGAACUGAGUGGAUGUGACAUGUAAAAGUACUUUAGUGCUCAGAGGUGUGUCCUGCAGUGACUACUUACAAAAUGCUGAUCAAGAGCUUUUUUGGAGUAGUAGGCCUAUGUGAUCCCAAAUUGAGGUUGCAUAGGUAACCGUGACAACUGUGUGAUUCUGUUUCUCACAGUCCACCACCCUCUCUUUGACUGAUUCUAUGGCUUUCGGAUAGCUAUACACGUUCAGUUGAAAGUAAGUGGUUGUAAUAUUGACCUUUGUGGCAUGACAGGUGAAGCCUACACUCCAGUCUAUCACUUUAUGAAAGCAGCACACUGCCCUCAGGUUGUUCUCAAACCAAUUAUACCAUCCGGGGACCAAGCCCUGGUUCUUGAUGCAUUUACAGGUUCCCUGUUCAACCCACAGGAGACAGCUCAACCUUAUACACCAAGUGUGACAGACAUUUUACAGGAUUGAGAAUUUGGGACAGUGCAGCUGCUUCUGAAGCAGAAAAGGCUGUGUGCCAACCAGCUAUUCCCUUUUGGCCCUGCAGGUGUGCCUGAAUAGGGCUCCACUAUAAAAAGAAAUUACUCCAAUCUCAUACAGAAAAUAACACAGUUCAAGAAUAUCACUUAAGAGCUCAUUAAAGCCUCAUUUAUCCAUAAGCACCUACAACCACUCAGAGUGUGACAACAUUUACACAUGAAACCACAAAUUUGUUGUGGCACCCUUGCUAUAUUUAGCGAGAUGAUUUAUGCUCCCUGUGUAAAUUAUACAAGCUCAGUCUUCGAGUCUGUUUACAGAAACAUUUUUUCAAACAAGGUGACAAGAAUACGACUUUUUCAAUGCUGACUUUAUACAAUUUAACUGUUUCUUGCAUUACUCUCUAAAACAAAGCCUCUUAAGCUCACUACGAAUACUUAUACAAUAAAGUUGUCUGACUUCCAACAGCAAUAAAUGCCAUGAUAUUACUGUCUUAGUGCAUGAAGAUGUCUUUAGAUUUCUAUCAAAUCAUCUCUCUGCAGAUCUUUCUGUAAAUCAACGAGUAAUUACAUCUGUGAACCAUGCAUUUAUUUUUUAAUUCACAGAGCUUCUUCACGGAUGAAGAGAUGAGCAUCCUGAAAAAGUUCAAGCUCUAUGUGGAGGACAACUGGAACAAGUCCGACAUGGUUGCCAUCUCCCUCUUUGUUAUUGGAGUUUCAUGCAGGUAAUUCUUGUUAAAGCUCCUAUGAGGUGUUUUCAUACUGUUGUAAAAUUUACAGUGAUGUCCUGUUCAGCAAACUUCAUCUACAUGGACUUAAACAACCCAUGUUUUCACCCAUUUUUGGUAAUAAUCAGCCUAUAGUGUCUACGUGCACACAGAAACCUGGCUCUCCAUAUUCUUGUGAACAUGAUAAAUACUUGUAUCCCAGUUCCUGAGCGCUACAUCUAAUUUGUGCAGGUAAAAGCAAUGUUUAUUCGUCGUCACUAGCAGCACCAUGUUUGUUUUGUUGAUGUGUCACGUUGCUGAUACGCCCCAGAGUGUUCAAUUUUCUUUCUCCUGCUAGCAAAAAGAGGCUUAUCCCAGUUUCUGUAACCAUGGUGUGACGUUUAUGUGCACAAACACAAACAGGUAUUCAAAUCUAUAAAAACACACUCGUUGAAAAUAAUACUCUUUAAAAUCUUAAUGUCUGUAACUACUCAGAGUGGGCAUAUACCUGACUGAAAGCAGGAUGAGAUGUUUUUGUGUUUGAAAUAAUGACUUGCGCGUGUUCAGGACAAGAUCAGCAACAAUAUAGCAGAUUUAACUUUGACUACAGGAGGCGCUGAUAUUGAUUCAAAGAGGAAGUUCCUCAUACAAGCUUCAGGCAGCUUUGAAGAAACUAGGUUUUCUCUCCAGGGAGUGUUUCACAGUAAGUAAUGUUUAUUCUCUUUUGCUUUGCAGGAUGGUGGACCACACCUAUGAGGCAGGAAGGACAGUCCUGGCAAUAGACUUCAUGGUUUUCACUCUGCGUCUGAUCCACAUCUUUGCCAUCAACAAGCAGCUGGGCCCCAAGAUCAUCAUUGUUGAAAGAAUGGUACACUAAACAAAAACACUUAUUUGUAGAGAUGAUCGUUGAAACGAUGUUCCGUGGAAUAGAUGAAGACAAAUAGUACACAGGCUAUUAAGAAAAUGAAGUUAUAUGCUGUAUAUUUCUGUCUCUUGUUACAGAUGAAGGAUGUUUUCUUCUUCCUCUUCUUCCUGUGUGUUUGGCUCAUCGCAUACGGAGUCGCCACUCAGGCUCUCCUCCACCCCAAUGACCCGCGGAUCGACUGGGUGUUUCGCAGAGCCUUGUACCGUCCCUACCUGCAUAUUUUUGGCCAGAUCCCCCUGGAGGAAAUAGAUGGUGAUUUACACGAGAUGCAGAUUUCCACUCUAAAAUGAGCGUUCAAGCAUUAAACACAUUUGUUGUGUUAUAUUCAGAUCAUUUAUGUAAUCAGGGUUGGCUCUCUAUUGACCUGAAUACAAAAGUAUACUCAGUGUGACAGUAUGAUCUAAUGUUCUUGUUCUUUUGUCAAAUGGAACACAGCUGCUCGCAUGCCUGAAAUUAACUGCACCAAUGACUCAGAGGAGAUUAUCUUGGGCCUUCGGCCGCCAUGUCCCAACAUCUACGCCAACUGGCUGGUCAUCCUGCUGCUGGUUAUCUACCUUCUUGUCACCAAUGUGCUGCUGCUGAACCUGCUCAUCGCCAUGUUCAGGUUAGAGACACAGCAAUCAGAAAAUGAUGUUUGUCUGUGUGAAAAACUGGGUGAGAGGUACAGAAAGAUGCGUAGAAAUGGGAAUCUUUCGCAUAUAUCUAGUGGUCAGAUUCUGGUUUGAAACGCUCCCUGGCUCACCUCUCUUGUUGGUAAAGCUACAGUGGUUUUCAAGGACAAGAAGCUCCUGUGAUGCAUGAUGGGUACAACCCUUCAUUGGUCACGUUUUUGCCUUCACAAACUUGUAUCAGAGCAUUUUAUAUUGCCACAGACUAAAAAAAACACAGCUGUUGCUAGUAUGACCAUUCUGUGUUGCCGUAGAAACACAGCAGCGCAAGAAGGCGUCCGUCCCUUUUGAAGAUAUAAAAGACUUGUUCUGUGUUAACAAAAACAAUUAUAUUUUGUAUUCAGGUAACUACACAUUAAUUUACACAUUAAUUUAGACAUAUUAUAUUCAGUUUCUGUUAAAUGCUCCUAAAACCGAAGCAUUGCACCUUUAGUUGUGGCCGUCUGAAACCAGGAAACAAAUCUAACGUCUGUUUUCUGUUUUCAGCUACACAUUCCAGGUGGUUCAGGGAAACACAGACAUCUUCUGGAAGUUUCAGAGAUACAACCUCAUAGUGGAGUACCACAGCCGUCCAGCACUGGCCCCACCCUUCAUCAUCAUCAGCCACCUCUCUCAGGUCCUCCUCAGCCUCAUCAAACGACCCGAGUCCAAGCAAGAGCAUCUUGGUAUGAAUUUAAUGCAUAUUUUCAUCAAAAAGCUAUUAAUCUCUUCUCUCUUUCUUCCAGAUGAUAUUUAAAAAAAAAAGUUUCUGAGGCGAAUGUUGCUGAAUUAAAAUUAAAUGAAAUACUGGAAAACACACCAUGUGCUUAUCUCUGUCCUUCACCUGCUCUUGCCAUGAAAUUGCCUGCUGGUUAAUUGGUAAUUGGACUGCUUCCCCGCCUGUGUGUGUGUGUGUGUGUGUCUGUCUCUCUGUGUGUGUUUAAUCAGAGAGGGAGCUGCCGGCAGGGCUCGACCAGAGGCUGAUCACAUGGGAAACAGUACAGAAAGAGAACUACCUGGCAAAACUGGAGCGCCAGCACUGGGAGAGCAGCGAGGAGAGACUUAAGAGCACCUCCUCAAAGUAAAUGAUGUUUUCUAGAAUUUUAUAAAAUGUGAUUAUCAGUUUAAUUAUGAGAAGUGGGAAUCAAAUUUUUUAAAGAAGCUCUGAGAAAAAUGCUGAACAGCGUCCUCCCAGGGCUGAACUGCAAGAUGUUAACUAUUCUAGACCUCUUCUGCCCUCCUGUGGUACAAAAUUGAUACUACAUCGCUCAUGGAUCCUAAACAGAUUUCUGUUUGUGAACAAGGGUUCAGAGCUUGCUGAGGACAGUUGGGGGGUUCAAGGACCAGGAGAAACGUCUGGUAUCCAUGGAGGGUCAGGUAAACUUUAAUAAGUGACCUUGAAGGCACUAAAUGAUAAAUAAUAGAGUCUCAUUUUCAAACCUAGUCAUACAUAAAACUUCAGCUUGUUUUGACUUUUGUCUCCAGGUCAGGUAUUGUGGAGAGGUGUUGUCCUGGAUGGCGGAGUGUUUUGCUCAGAGCACCCUCAAGUGUGGGAAAGAUGCUCCAAAAGCUCCACGUAAGACAAAAAGAAAAACACAUACAAAGACAAAGCGACUCCUAACACUGUCAUGGACUCUGAUCAUUCUCUUUACAUGCUUUGUGGUUUUGGUUCAGCGUAAAACUAAUAAUGCAUGAAAUGUCAGUGUCUCUUUCAGGGUACGCAGAGAGCAGCAGCAGCGAUAUACCUCAGAGUCCUCAAGAGAAAGAACCCAAACAGGAGGGAGGACAAGUCAGACCGGGUCACCCAGGAUAUGGAGCUAACAAAAAGUUUCCUUACAUUGAUGAAUAAAAAAGAUGAUUGUCAUAAACAGGAGGUUAAAUAUGAUAGGAUAUGGGAGAUUAUGUUGCAGGGUAAUUGAGGGAAAUGGGGCAAUUUUGGGAGGAUUUUAACUCAAACUAAUAAAAUAAUGCUAGCACUUCUUUACAUGGGGGUCUUAACUUUCAUUGGCUGAAUGGUUCUCUGUGACAUAACCGUUUAUUUUGG